AUGGACCUCUCGUAUUUGUAUUAUGGGAUGUUCUGGUUUUCGUGUUUGUUGGUGUCCACUGUAUCUGCUGAGUUCAGCUAUGAGGAAGUAACAUACAGAAUUCCACCAACUCCAACAGGUUUUUAUGAUCAAAAUUGUACAGACAAAAUAUCAGAUUGUGAAGAAUUUGGUAUAGCCUCCUGUUUUAAGCCUUACGAAAGCUGGGCAAGAGAAAACUGUGCCAAGACGUGUGAAUUCUGCCAAGGCAAACCAGAGAAACCACCGACAUGUACUGAUGUCGAGAAAGGCUGUGAUCUCUAUACUACCUCAAUCUGUACAGAUCCAAGCUUUAUAAGCUGGGCAAAGGCGAAAUGCAGGCGAUUUUGCAGAAUGUGUCCAGAGCAAGUUCUAGCUGAACUAGAUUUAAUGACCACUACACUUACACCAGUCGAUUGCUUUGAUAAAGUGGUGUGUGAACGUUAUGGUAAAAAAGCUUGUACAGGAGACUUUGCAAGCUGGGCCACAGACAACUGUCAAAAAUAUUGUGGAUUCUGUUCAACAGGUGUAACCAAAUCUAAAAGACUCUGUGUUGAUAAGCUACCAAAUUGCCCACAAUAUGAUUCUAGAAUUUGUACAGAUAAAAAAUACUACUCUUGGACUGAUGAAAAUUGUCGUUCUACAUGUAAAUUCUGUCAAGAUAAACUUGUUCCAUUCCUGAUACCUACUCCACAAGCUGUUCGUACUCCAAAACCGCCAACAACAUAA